AUGCAGAGGACGCCCAUCCCCUCUCUGCACUCCCACGGCUCUGUAUUUGAGCUCCUCCCCGACACAUUUCCCUGUCUCAUCUCCCAGAGAAGGCCCCGCCGCACCCGCGGGAAGGGAGGACGGCGCAGCGCCCGGCAGCCCCACGCGUGCUCGCGUCCCCGCCCGACCCUGCCGCCGCCUCUGCGCCCGCCGCCGCGGAACCCCUACCUGCAGCGCCCGGGGCCCCCGCGGACUCAGCCCGUGCUCCCCGGCGAGACGGCGGCGGGGGCGUGGGAGCGAUGCGCGCCGGCCAGGGUGGGGCCGCGCCGCCGGGUGUCCCCCGGGACGCACAGGCCCUGGGAGCCGGGAACGAGGAAGAGGCAGCAGGCGGAAGUGGGGGAGGGGCGGCGGGCACCCGCGCUCGCCGCUGUCCCGGCGGCCGGGGGCAGCCCCUGCGGGGGCGACCGCUCGGGCUUCCAGGGCGGGCGGAAAGUUCCCGGCCCGCAUCCUUCCUCCCCGCGACGAGCCGGGCUCCGGCAGCCGCAGCCGCGCGCUCGUACCCGCGCGCUCGGAUACACUUGCCGCGCCCCGCCCGCCGGCGCAGCCCGGCCGCGGGGACCCGCUCGCGAGCCCGGCCCACGCGCUCUUGCUGCUCCCCGACUCCCGCGCAGCCCCGACGCUGCGGACACGCACCCGUCCACCUGGCCUGCCACGCUGCUGCGCGCACAUCUCCAGGACACAACCGCAGGGGAAGAGAGCCUGGGGACCCGCCGGGGCGGGGAGGGACUGACCCGAGCCGCCGCCCAGCCUUCCAGAGUACGGGGCGGGGUGGGCGCCGGGACGGGGCGGGUCAGGGCUGGAGGGGUGGGCCGCUGUGCCGCGCCCCGAGACGCCGGCGAGGAGCCAACUCCAGGGUGCUGUGAGGGGCGCUGCACGUCCGGGCUGGGUGUUGAGGCGAGGCACAAACUGCGGGCGCAGCGGGGAAAAGCAUGCAAGAGGAGGGACCACAGGACGUGGUACUGCGGCCUGUCAGCAAAGGAACUGAGUGGAACCGACUUAAAACAGAACGAUGACAUCGGCAAUAAACUGGAACACAAUAGCAAAGGGCUCCAGGAGGCGAGGUGCCCCAAGAGCAAACUGAAAUCCAAGAAAUUAAAGUCCGUAGGGGAGCCCGAGGUGGGGUUGGGAAAGACGAACAAGGCAGAGCAGCUACCUGAAGCAGUGCCACAGAAAGAAGAGCAGGUGGAGCCCAAGGUUCCAAUGACAUUGAAAGGUCAUAGCCUGACCGGUAGCUCCAGAGCUCAAGAGAGGCAACCACCCACCAGGAUCCCCGGAGUCGACUUCCUGAAGACCCACCAGCAAAGAACUCCUAUGGGGAACAUGAAGCAGCUGGAAGCAGCUGAUCAGUGGGUCUGGUUUGAGGGGCUGCCCACGCGCGUCCACCUCCCAGGGCCCCGGGUGAUGUGCAGAUCAUCCCCCCUGCGCUGGGUCAAGCGCUGCUGCACCCGCUUCUGCUCCGCAUCGCUUGAGUUGCCUAUGUUCCACCCAUACAGGGUGGUGCGACCUUGGAUGGCAGCCAGAGCUGUGAGGCGACGCGGUAGAUUGCGGAUCAUCUGAGCGGGAGGGACGGACCAGGAAAUUUGCGAGUCUACAAAUAAAAUCUCCCAUAUGGCACUGAAGAUACUACCGCUGACUCUGCCUGUUUGGGGCUGGAGACGUUGGAGGAAACGGGCCCUCAGCAAAGGCGGGUGGGGGGGCGCGUCACUACUUCAGGCUUCUUCCACCCCAUCCCAGGCCCCCAAGGUCAGUCUAGCACCUGGAACAAAAAAAGCCAGCGAACUGGCCUCCUGAGUGAUACACUCUAUUAAGUCAUAACAGGGGAAGAUUUAUCGGGUGCUUUCUGGGUACAGGCCCAAGUACGCCACAAUGGUCCUUCAAGCCACGGAGAUGGAGACUAGCGGCGCCCAGACGGGAGGUGACUCGUCCAGGCUCCCACAGCGAGGAAGUAUGGAGCAAGAACUCCACUCUAGGUCUGCUUGAUGCUCUCCAGUUUAUUCUCCGAAGAGAGGAAAAAGGCGCAGUGGAGUGUCCAGCCCGUCACUCACGCUCAUUGUGCCAUGCGGGGUGUCAAUAAACGGGUGUCAGCUGGGCCCUGAAAUGUGCCCCACCUGGGUCACAUGGGGCACCGAGUCAGGCGGGAAGUUGGUACUGCAUCUCUACAGCUCCCGUGUGACACGGCACGUCCACCCUCCAGUCCCAAGUCCUGGUCGACCCCCUCCGGUUGGGGUCACCCCCUGCGGGGCACUGAACAAGCAGCUGGGGAGCGGAAAACCCUGAGAGUCCAGGCUUUUUCUGGGUGAAGACGAUAAUUCUCCAUAUUCCCUAGAGGCAAGCUGCGCCGAGUGGGCGCCCUGGGAAAAGCAGCGCAGCCAUCUAGGGGCGCAGAGUCCUCCCGCAGGGAGCCAGGGCAGUGCCCGAGAGCUCCGGAU